GAUUAACAUUUAGAACAAUAAAAACGAGUUUACAAAAAAUUCCAGCUUGUGCAGCAGCAGGAUCAUCAAACUAAGAGCCAGGACUGUAGUUCUAUAAACCAUGUAUCAAGUAAAUUAAACCCCGAAGAAAAUUCAGCAAAUUCUACAGGAAUACUGUUUUUCAAACUGUUUUCAACAUGGAGCUGGUGAAAGGGUUUCUGGCUGUUAUCUUUCUUACAUCAUGUCUUUAUUUGAGUGAUGCUCAGAAAACUGUGUGCACACAGGAGGCUGUUGCAGACAUUGUUUUCCUGGUGGAUGGGUCCUGGAGCAUUGGAAUAGAAAACUUUAAGCAGGUCCAGGAAUUCCUGCACACACUGAUAAACACCCUUGAUGUGGGAGAAGACAAAGUGCGGAUCGGACUCAUCCAGUAUAGUGAUACUCCCCGUACAGAGUUUGUCCUAAACACUUACCAGAAGAAGGAACACAUCCUGCAGUACAUAAAGACGCUGCCCUACAAAGGAGGCGGCACGCGAACCGGCCUGGGGCUUGACUUCAUGCUGAAGAAUCACUUUAUCGAAGCUGCUGGGAGCAGAGCCGGGGAGGGGGUUCCCCAAGUGGCAGUGAUCAUAACAGAUGGACAGUCCCAGGAUAAUGUCAAAGAGGCAGCUGAUGCGGUCAAGGAUAGUGGCAUCACUCUGUAUGCCAUCGGUAUUAAGGACGCUGUGCUGGCUGAGCUCACUGAGAUAGCCAGUAAACCGGAUGACCAGUUUUUGUAUAACGUGGCUGACUUUGCUGCACUGACCGGUAUCUCCCAGAAUAUCCUUCAAGUUCUGUGUACCAAAGUGGAGGAGGCAACCAGGCAGGUUGUUCAGGUCCCUCAAGUAUGCAGGAAGGCCUCGGUUGCCGAUAUAGUAUUCCUUGUGGAUGGGUCAACAAGCAUCGGCGACAUUAACUUCCAAAAGGUGAAGAAUUUCCUUUACACCUUUGUGGAGAGCCUGGAUAUCGGCAGAGAGAGAGUCAGAGUGGGAUUGGCACAGUACAGCGACACAGCAAACCAGGAGUUUUUAAUGAAUGAGUAUGCCAACAAAACAGCUAUCCUAGAGCAGAUUCAAAACCUGCAGUACAGAGAAGGUCCCACAUACACUGGCAAGGCUCUUGAGUUCAUCAGAGAUGUGUAUUUCACUAAAGACGCGGGAAGCAGGGCCCAGGAAGGCGUUCCACAGAUUGCCAUUGUCUUGACCGAUGGGGAGUCCGCUGACCAGGUCCGUAUGCCUGCAGAUGAGCUCAGGAAGAAGGACAUCAGUGUCUACGUAAUUGGGAUCAACACAGCAGGGUAUGAAGAGCUGAAGGAUAUCGCAAACAAGCCCACUGCAAAGUUUCUGUAUAAUAUUGAGAACUUUGAUGCCCUCAGUGAGCUGUCUGCAAGACUUCUGCAAACCAUCUGCUCCACAGUGCAAACUCAGAUGCUGGGAAUUUUUCCGCGCUUUGCUGAUAUUGUUUUUCUGGUCGAUGGUUCCACAAAUAUGGGAGCUUCAAACUUUCAACAGAUUAAGCUUUUUAUCCUUAGAAUUAUAAACCAACUUAAGAUCGGGAUCAGUCAGAAUAGAAUUGGCCUUGCUCAGUUUAGUGGGGAUACGAAGACUGAAUUCUUGCUGAACACUUACAAAACAAAGGAGCAAGUGGUAAAUCACAUUCAAAACCACUUCAUGUUUAGAGGGGGAGCACACAGAACAGGACAAGCCCUUGAUUAUCUGCGCCGCAACUUUUUCAACGAGUCUGCAGGGAGUCGCAUCAGUCAGGGAUACACCCAGAUUGCUGUUGUAAUUACUUCUUCCAAGUCAGAGGACAGUGUCCGAAAAGCUUCUAAAACAAUCAAGGGGGAAGGUGUGAAGAUAAUUUCUGUUGGCCUUAUGAAUUCUAUCAGGUCUGAACUGGAAAUAAUAGCCACUUUGCCACAUAUUUAUCAGCUGAAUUCAUUGCAAAAUUUAGGCCAGGUUUCACAAGAGGUGACUGGAAUCAUUCAAUCAAGACAGGCCUUGCUGGGUUUAUCCAGAGCACCAGCAGCAUGCAAGAUUGCCACACUGGCUGAUAUCGUAUUUUUAGUGGAUGAGUCCAGCAGCAUAGGGACCCAAAACUUCCAGCAGAUCAGAAAUUUCAUCCGCCAGACCAUUGAUUCUUUGGAUGUGGACCCCAAGAAGGUGAGGGUUGGUGUCGUGCUGUACAGUGACACCCCGAAAGUCGAGUUCUACCUCAACACCUUCAGUCGAAAGACUGACAUCCUGCAGUACAUUAAGACUUUGCCCUACAGAGGAGGGGGCACAAACACUGGCGCUGCAAUAAACUUCCUGAAAACUAAUGUCUUCACUAAGAGUGCCGGAAGCAGAAGGACUCAAGGUGUGCAGCAGAUAGCAGUUGUGAUCACUGAUGGAGUCUCAGAGGACAAUGUGAGCAGCCCGGCUGCCAGCCUACGGCGCACUGGAGUCAAGGUCUUCGCCGUGGGUAUCCAAAAUGCAAGUUCCACUGAGCUGAAACAGAUCGCUUCACAUCCUGCCAGAACGUAUGUUCACACUGUGGGCAGCUAUUUGAAGCUUUCCAGCUUGGACGUAACUCUUCAGAAGCGGAUCUGCAAUGACAUUAUCUCAGUGGCCUUUGCAGUUUCGGAGCAAGCGCGUGUUUUAAAACAAGGAUGCGUGGAGACAGAACAGGCAGAUAUCUUCUUCUUAAUAGAUGGGUCUGGCAGCAUUUACCCACAAGACUUCUUGGACAUGAAAAAAUUCAUAAAUGAUAUGAUCCGUAUGUUCAGAAUUGGAUCAGACAGUGUUCGGAUUGGUGUGGUCCAGUAUUCGGACAGUCAGAGGGUGGAGUUCACGGUCACUCAGUACACCACCAGAAAAGGCUUGGAGGAGGCUGUCAACAACAUUUUGCAGCUAGGAGGAGGCACCAAAACUGGACACGCACUGACAUCUAUGAAGAAGCUGUUUGAGACAGCAGCAAGCAGCCGCCAUACCAAGGUACCUAAGUUUCUCAUCACUAUCACAGAUGGGAAGUCUCAAGACCAGGUUAUGGAAGCAGCUAGGGAUCUCAGAGAAGAAGGCGUCAUAAUCUAUGCCAUUGGAGUACGAGAUGCCGUUGAGACUGAGCUGCUGGAAAUAUCAGGAUCACCAGAGAAGAAGUUUUUCGUUUACAACUUCGACUCAUUGAACGUCAUUAAGAAUGAAGUUGUCCGAGAUAUUUGCUCAUCGGAAGCAUGCAAAACAAUGGAAGCAGAUAUCAUGUUCCUUAUUGACAGCUCAGGGAGCAUUGAAAGAGAAGACUAUGACAAGAUGAAAAUGUUUAUGGAGUCUAUGGUUGAGAAAUCUACGAUUGGCAUUGGUAAAGUGCAGGUUGGGGUCCUCCAGUUCAGUGACUCCCCGAUAGAAGAGUUUCAGCUCAAUAGGUACUCUGAUAAAGCAAUACUGAGACAAUCAAUCAGUAAUUUACGACAGAUUGGUGGCGGAACAUUAACUGGGAAAGCACUGACAUUUGCGUCUAAGUAUUUCGACAGUUCGAGAGGUGGACGCUCUCACGUGAAGCAGUACUUGAUUGUCAUUACGGAUGGAGAGGCUCAGGAUGCGGUUACCAAACCAGCACUCGCCCUGAGAGACAAGGGAAUCACAGUCUAUGCUAUCGGUGUGGUCAAUGCAAACAGCUCCCAGCUUUUGGAAAUCGCAGGGUCCCAGGACAAAGUAUACUCUGUAGCAAACUUUGACGACCUCAAGUAUUUAGAAAAAACAAUACUGUUUGAAAUCUGCAUUCCAGUAGAUGACUGUAAAUUGACUGAAGUAGCUGACCUGAUCUUUGUGGUAGAUGGUUCAAGUAGCAUCAGUCCAGAGCAGUUUAAAAGCAUGCAGAAGUUCAUGAUUUCUGUGGUAAACAAUUCAGAAGUUGGAGAGAACAAAGCGAGAUUUGGAGCAAUUUUGUACUCCGAUAUUCCUGAAGAAAAGUUUCUGUUAAACCAGUACUACACUAAAGCAGAAGUAAAGAAUGAAAUUUCUCGAAUAAAGACAAAGGGAGGAGGCACUUACACGGCCAGGGCCCUGCUUUUCGCCAAAGACCGGUUCACUCAGGCCUUCGGCGGACGCAAAAAUAGUCAGAUUCCCCAGGUACUGAUGGUGAUCACUGAUGGAGAAGCUACAGACAAAAUAGCACUGCCUGCCAUAUCCAGAGGUGUGAGGGAGGAAGGCAUUAGCAUUUAUGCUGUUGGAGUGGCAAAUGCCUAUAAAGACGAACUGGAGGAGAUGGCCGGAGGGAAGGAGAAGGUCUUCUAUGUGGACAAUUAUCAAGCUCUUGAAGAACUUCACAAAAACAUCUCAGCGAUUCUCUGCAAUGAGUCCAAACAAAUUUGUGAAAAUCGAGAAGCAGACAUUGUCAUGCUGAUUGACGGAUCACAAAGCAUCUCUCAAGAAGAUUUCAAGGUGAUGCAGCAGUUCAUGAAGGAGGUGGUGAGCAAUUUUAAAAUCGGAAAGGAAGAUGUCAGAAUCGGCGUUGCGCAGUUUAGCACUCACCCACAGAAAGAAUUUUAUCUAAAUGAACUGUACUCCAUUGUUGCCAUAAAGAACAGGAUUGAUAGCAUAAAGCAGUUGAAGCAAACCACUCACAUCGGGGAGGCGCUGAAGUUCAUCCAGUCUUAUUUUCAACCGUCAACAGGAAGCAGAAAAAGCCAGGGCAUCCCACAGAACCUUAUAGUCAUCACUGAUGGACACUCCCAGGACUUGGUGGCCGAAGCUGCGGACGCUCUGAGGAAUGAAAAUAUCAGUAUUUUUUCCAUUGGUGUGGGCCACAUCAACUCCUUUGAGCUCUUGCAGAUUGCUGGGAAACCUGAACAUAUGUUCACAGUUAAGAACUUCAAGGAACUAGAAAACAUCAAGCAAAGAAUUGUUCAUGAGAUAUGUGAGCAAAGGAAUAAAUCUUGCCAAAACUGCAACCUCGAUGUUGCUGUAGGGUUUGAUAUUUCAAGACGGACCAGAUUCCAAGGAAUAUUCAGUGGACAGCAGAAGCUUCAAGUGUACCUCCCUGAAAUAAUGCAAAAGCUAGCAUCCAUAGCAACAAUUAGCUGUGCUAUUGGCUGUAAGAUAAUUGUAAACCUGGGUUUCCACAUUACCACAGACGCUGGACAGAUCAUUUUCGAAUCUAAAUUUGACAAAUACAACGAGGAUAUCAUUAAGAAGCUGAUCGCAUUGCAGACCAAAGAAGCUACGUACCUGAAUGCAGCAUUUCUACAGUCUUUUUUGACCAAAUUCAACAAGGAAUCAAGAGCCAAAGCAAAGGUGCUGAUAGUAUUCUCAGAUGGAUUAGACGACCUGGUUGAGAGACUUGAGAUUGAAUCUGACAACCUGAGACGUGAAGGAAUCCAUGCAUUGCUUACAGUUGCUUUGGAAGGCGCAACAAAUGCAGACAAACUCCAAAGUAUUGAGUUUGGAAGGGGCUUUGGCUAUAAAUUGCCGCUCACCGUUGGAAUGCAGAAUGUUGCCAGUUCAAUAUUUAAAGAACUUGACACGAUUACUGAAAGGGAGUGCUGCAAUGUAAUUUGCAAGUGUGUUGGUCAGGAAGGAAUUCGUGGUCUCAGGGGACGCCCAGGAUCCAAGGGAGCCACAGGUCCAGAGGGGUCUCCUGGGCACCCAGGUGAAGAAGGAGGAGUUGGUGAAAGGGGUCCUCCUGGUCUGAAUGGGACUCAAGGUAUUCAAGGCUGCCCUGGCCAAAGAGGUACUAAGGGAUCAAGAGGCUACAGGGGAGAAAGGGGUGAAGAUGGGGACGAUGGAAUAGAUGGUGUGGAUGGUGAGAAGGGGCAUCCUGGAUUAUCUGGAUCUGCUGGUGAAAGAGGCAGCCCUGGAAACACAGGCAGGAGAGGUGUGAGGGGAGAACCUGGAGACCGAGGGGAGAACGGUCUAAGAGGAGACCCUGGCAUCCCUGGAACUGAUAACAGAAUGGUUGGCUCCAAGGGGGUAAAAGGAAAUCCUGGAAUGCAGGGGGAUGCAGGAGCAGAUGGAAUGCCUGGCGAUGGUGGCAAUCCAGGAAAAAUAGGUCCACAAGGUCGUAGAGGGCCUCCUGGUUCAAAGGGUGAAAGUGGAGAUCCAGGUGCACCAGGAUCUGUUGGAGAUGCUGGGACCAGUGGACCACAGGGAGCCAGAGGACCCAUUGGUCCUGUAGGACCUACAGGAUCUCCAGGGCUACCUGGUCCUCAGGGGGAAGCAGGUCUCCAAGGUUCUAAAGGCUCUAUCGGAAAUGAGGGUCUAAAGGGACAGAAGGGUCAACCUGGAGACCCUGGUGAGAAAGGUCUGCUUGGAUCUGUGGGGCCUCGAGGAUUACCGGGAGUUGAUGGUAGAGAUGGAUAUGGUUCACAAGGAAAAAAAGGAGAGAAGGGAGACCUGGGAUUCCCUGGUUACCCAGGCACCCAGGGAGAUGAAGGUUACUCCGGUACCUCUGGAGACAGAGGACCCAAAGGCAUUCGCGGAAGACAGGGCAAUUCUGGAAAACCAGGAAGGGCAGGUGACCCAGGAAGCCCUGGGCCCGUAGGACAAAGGGGUACAAAAGGUCCAAAGGGAACUACUUCAAUGAGUCCUUGUGAACUUGUUGCUUAUGUUCGUGACAACUGCCCUUGCUCCCAAGGGAAGAUUGACUGCCCUGCUUACCCAACCGAGCUUGUGGUUGCAUUAGACAUGUCUGAAGAUGUCUCCUCACAGGCCUUUGAGAGAAUGCGAAACAUUGUCAUGGCUCUUCUACAGGAAAUAGCCAUCACAGAAAACAACUGCCCUACUGGGGCGAGAGUCGCAGUCGUCGCCUACAGUUCCAGCACAAAGUAUUUAAUACGCUUCUCAGACUACCACAAAAAGAACCAGCUGUUGGAAGCAAUACAGAAAAUACCAUUGGAAAGGUCACCCAACCGGCGCAACAUUGGGGCAGCUAUGAGAUUUGUUGCGAGGAAUGCAUUCAAGCGUGUGCGCCAGGGUGUGCUGAUGAGGAAAGUAGCCCUCUUUAUCAGCAAUGGGGCAUCUCAGGAAGCCACUCCUAUAAUUACAGCAGCUUUGGAGUUCAAAGCUUUGGACAUUACCCCUGUGGUCAUCGCGUUCAAGGAUGUUCUAAACGUCAGGCGCGCCUUUGAGGCUGAUGAAACAGGAAGCUUCCUAGUUUCUGUUCUGCAAAGACCCCAAGAUCAGAGAGCAGUAAUACAGCGAGUCCUGAAUUGUGCACUUUGCUAUGAUGUAUGUCAGCCAGCUGCAGAGUGCCAGGGCUUGAAUCUUGUACCCGUUCCUCUGCAAGUCAACAUGGACCUGGUGUUUAUGGUUGAUGGCUCACAGAACAUGCAGGCAGAUGAGUAUGCAGGAGUGAAAGAGCUUCUGAGUUCAUUGCUGGAUCAGAUCGACAUUACAAACCAACCCAGAACCUCUAACACAGGAACAAGGGUGUCUGUUGUGCAGCAUACUCCUCUGAGCUAUCCACCCAGGGAAGGACAAGUCCCUGUCAAGCUGGAGUUUGACCUCCUCCAAUACAACAACAAAAACUUAAUGAAAAGACAUAUCCGCCAGUCCAUGCAACAAAUAGGGGGUACUUCCAGUGUUGGACAUGCCAUUGAAUGGGUGCUCAACAAUGUCAUGCUCAAAUCCCCAAGACUAAGGAGCAAGAAGGUCAUAUUUGCAGUUAUAGGAGGAGAGACCAGUUACUGGGACAGGGUGAAACUGAACGACAUGGCUCUGAGAGCCAAGUGUCAGGGUGUAGCUAUGUUUGUACUCACUGCGGGUAAGGAGGUCAACAGCUCGCAGGUGGAGGAGCUAGCAAGCUUCCCUCUGGAUCAGCAUGUGGUCCACCUCGGCCGAGUCCUGGAUCCUGAAAUAGAAUACGCAAAACGUUUUUCUGGAGCCUUCUUCCGCAUUCUAAGUAAUGGAAUCCAAUAGUUAUCCUCCACCAGUUCUUCAGAGACAAUGUGAAGGAGUGAAGAUGCUGGUAGAUCAGGGAGAAUCACUCGAGUCGCCACCAAUACAAAGGAUACCCAUGCCCGUUCCAGAAGAAGAAGAAGAAGAAGAGGAGGGAACAGAGGAACCUGAACCCAUCGGGGAAGAAAAUGUGUACGACUACGUGGAGGAAAACACUGAGGAGAAUGGACUGCUCACAGAAGAAGGCGGGACAGAUUACACUGUUGAAGAAAGAACCGGAGAAACAACACUCACAGGGGUUGAAGACAAGGAUUACCAAAAGGAAGAUGUGUGUGCUCUUCAUCAGGACGAAGGCAGCUGCCAGGAGUACAGUCUGAAAUGGUACUAUGACAGUGAACAAAAGGAAUGUACACGCUUCUGGUAUGGUGGCUGUGGUGGAAACAAAAACAAAUUUGAAACCCAAGUGGAUUGUGAAGCCAUGUGUGUCAAAUCUCGCUAGGUCAUUCUGAAAUAUCCACAUGCCCUACAGUCCACAUUUAAGUAUUGUCAUUUUUUUUACAGUGUAUUCAAAUGUAAUAAAAAUUCACUAAAAAAGUACUUUGUAUGUAUUUUAAUGCAACUCGUUUGUGAAAUGAAAUACAAUAGUUCUUUGUCGUCAGACCAUCCUUGUUAUACAUACAUACAGUUGUGCUGCCCACAGACUACUACUGUAUGUAUGUAAGUAUAUAUAACAGUUGACUUUAUAUGAUUGUUUUUAAUUUGGGUUCCGCACAGGUUGCUGGUGUUAUGUAAAGAAGGUUUAGUCAUCUGAGUGUUAAGAUUAGAUAUUGUACACAAACCCAGUCCAUUCAUUGCAUGUUUGUAAAUGUGCAAAAUACCUCAAUCAAGGUGGGUAAAUUGUAAUAUUGUAUAACAAGCAAAGUGAUGAACCCAGUGUGCUACUUUAUAUAUACAAUACUAAUACUUGAAAUGAAUGAGUGCCCAUUUGGUUGUAUGAGGAUCCUUGUACGCUGUACAGAAACAUGUAAAACGUGUAUCUGCGUAGAAGAGCCACGAUUCAUUAAGUAUUUAACAAAUAUUGGUUAUAAAUAUUGUGAUUCAAAGGUUAACAUUAUGUGUUGUCUUGCAUUUGGGUACACAAUCCAACCUUUCAUAGUUAAUACUUUAAGUGGUUUUUGAAUGCUGAAUAAAUGUGGUCUAUUGUUUUAACAAAA